AUGUUAAAUAAUUCGGUAUUAGUUGGGAUAGAUUUGGGAUGUGAAAAUAUUGUUAUUUCCGUGUGGGAGAAUAUUGCACCUAUUUCAUUAAAACCAGUGAUAGAAAAGAAUUUUUUAGGAAGUGCUACUUAUACUACCUCAUUCCAAUUUAAUGAAAAGAGCAUAUUUGAUAAUGAUUUAAGUCAUCCAGAAAGAGUAAUUUAUCAUGUUUGCAAAUGGCUUGGAAAUAAAAGACCAAGUAUUGUCAAAGGAAAAGAAUGUGUUGAUGGGUAUUUUAGUUGUGAACAUUUUGGAGAGGUUCGUAUAGAAGUUAUUUUAUCAUUAAUGAUAAAAAGUUAUUUAGAAGAAAUAAAAAAACAGUUAAAAGAAAGAUUAAAAAAAAAACUAAAAGAAGAGUUAGAGUUAAAAGAAGAAUUGGAAGAAGAGUUAAAAAUAGAUAAAAUUGUUAUUAGUGUUCCUUAUACAUUUGGUUUUCUUGAAAGAAAACAAAUUAAUGCAGCAAUGUCAUUAAUUGGAUUUAAUGAUGUUGUUAUUAUCGGAGAGGAUGUGGCAUCAAGUAUAUCAUAUUUAUUUCAUAGGUAUUGUAUUGAAUGUAUAGAAAUAAAGGAUAUGAUUAAACCACUAGUUUUAUUAGAUGUUGGUGCAAGUCAUACAUUCUGUCAAUUUUGCAUUUUUCAUGGAUUUAAAAUUAUUUUAGUUUCAAGAAGAAGUAUUGAAAUUGGAGGUCAGACUAUUGAUGAAAAAUUAAAAGCUUUAAUAAUGAAUAAAAUCAACGAAUUAGAUGAUGACGAUGUAAAAGAAUUUAUGGAAGAAAGUACUGAUGACAAAACAAAAAAGAUGAAAAAGUUAGAAAGUAAAAUUCAACAUGAGUUAAUUAAAUUAAAGACAUUAUUCUGCAAUGAUGAUGUUAAAGAAGGAACAUUUAGUGUUGAUCUAUCAAGUGAAGUAACUGCAAGUGUAGAGGUUACAAGAGAAGAGAUGAGUCGUGAAAUGUCAGAAAUAAUUGAAGAGACAAAAAAGGUUAUUCAAGAAGUUAUAGAAGAAGGUAAGGAUAAAAUGAAAUCUAUGAACAUAGAAAAAGAAAUUCAGGAAGUUUGCAUUAUUGGGUCUUCAGGAAGAAUUUCUCUUUAUAGAGCAUUAAUUAAACAAUUAGGACUAACUCCAUUAAUGGUUCUUGAUAAUGAGACAUGCAAUAGUUAUGGUGCCUGUUGUGUUGCAAAAAAACUUAGUAUUAGUCCUGUAGAUAUAAGAGAGUAUAUUAAAGAUAGUGACAAAGAAAUCUCUCAAAAAGUCCAUUCAAUUAAAUUCUGUUAUAUUGACCGUUGGAUAGAGAAAGGAGAGUUUCAAAUUAAUGAACAAGAUUAUCCAGAGAGUCCAUUCUUAAUUAAAGGAGGAAUUUUUCCAAUCAUCAAACAAAUACCUAGUAAAGAAAACUUAGAAAUUAAAUACAAAAAUGAAAUUAUUCUUUCUAAAGAAAAGUAUUCUUGGGACUCAGCAAUUGUUAAAUUAAACCAGUUCUAUUUUAAUGGAUAUGAAGAUUUUAAUUCAAGAUAUGGAAAUACAUUAUCUGGCGAAGACAUUUUCAAAAAAGUAAAACUCAUUAACAACACACAAGCAAAAUGUUUUGUAGUUAAUGAAAACUUAACAAUUCCUUUAAAAUUUGGACAAGACAAAAUUAUAGAAACAAUACAAAACAAUUUUAAUUGGGUAAUGGAAAAGAAAAAUUUAAUUGAAGAGGCUGAUAGAGAAAAAAUUGAUAUUAAAAAACUCAUGAUGCAGUUAAAAAGACAAAAAAAUAAAAAGGAGUUAAUUCCGAUUAUAAAGGGUUAUGAACAACAAAUAAAGAGUAUCAUUGAUGAGUUGGAAAGACUCAAGGAAAUAAAAAGGAAAUUAGAAGAUCUUAAAUCACCUAUAGAUUGA